AUGGCUCGACUGUACUCCUCACCUCCGUCGGCCACGCCAUUCAGCGAGGCAAAGCCGCAGUUGCUGGUGGCCUGGUGGAUCACCCUGUUCUCUACCUGCAUCAUACUCCUCCGCCUGUCGGGUCGCUACGUCCGUGUCGAGAAGCUCUUCAUCGAGGACAGGGUCGUGGCCGUGGCCCUCCUGCCGCUGUACCUGCGCAUGGCAUGCAUACACUUGGUCUUCGUGUACGGGACCAACAAUGUCGACCUCGACGGAAUCGACCUCUCGGGACAGGAUGUGCGCCGUCGUGUCAUCGGGAGUCGUCUGGUCCUUGCAUCGCGCAUCUUCUAUGCAGCAACACUGUGGGUUCUCAAGUUUGCUACGGUCGAAUUCCUGGCUCGCCUGGGCGGUUCAGCCAGGAAGGAGAGGUACACGCGCAUCACGACAGGUCUCCGAUGGGCGCUGGGAGCGUCCUUCCUCGCCGUCGUCGUCAGCGAUCUCGCCGAGUGUCGACCGGCCUCUCACUACUGGCAGGUCGUGCCCGACCCGGGACCUCAGUGCCGCCAGGGCAUGGCCCAGCUUCUCACCAUGGGCAUCUCGAGCGCGGCCGUGGACGUCGUGCUGGUCAUCUUCCCCAUCCCCAUGAUUGUGCGGAGCCGGAUCGCGCCGAAGCGCAAGCUGCUCCUCGUCCUCCUCUUCAGCUUCGGCUUUCUGACGGUCGGCGUCACCCUGUACCGUGUGGCGCGCAUCGUCCAGCGCCACGGCGACCAGGUGGUCCGGUCGACCUGGGCCUCGGUCGACAUCCUGGCCACCACGGCCGUGGCCAACGUCGUCGCCGUCGGCUCCUUCCUGCGCGACACGGGCGUCAAGAAGGUGCGGUACAGGCCCGGAGGGGAUUACGGCCAGAGCAGCAGCGCGGCAGCCGACGGGUCCCGCCGGUGGACGAUGGGCACCACGGCCACGGCCACGGCCACGGCCACGACCACGGCCGCAGCCGCGGUCGAGUGGGAGGCUGCCCUGCAGAGCAGGUACAGCCGGGCCAGCCACCAGGCCCAGAGCAAGACUGCGGCUGCGGCGUGGGCGCGGGACAUGGAUUCGACCGAAGGGGACGACGACGACGACGGCGCCGGCGGCGACGGAGUGCGGCGGGAGCCCAGCAAAGCGUCCACCACCGCUACUGGAGGCAACCGACCUGUCAGCCCGGCAGAGAGCAGCUCUUCGCUGAUCCAUCCUUAUCAGCGAGCAUCCCGCGCGUCAGCUGUCGAUGCCGGUGACCAGUUCGGCGACCCCCACCUCCUCAGACCACCUUCCCCAGUGGUCCAGGCACCUUUGCGAAGA